AUGCGCCUGUGGCUGCUGGUCAGCUUUGCAGUGACAGCCGGAGCCCUCCGCCUCCACCAACACAGCGCCGCCCCGCAGCAAUGUGUGGAUCUCCAGUGCCCGGCCACCUCUUUUGAUUACGGCAAGAAACGCAUCGUAAACGAGGAGACACUCAGCUCGGAGCCAUGCCGGGAUUGCUCACAGUGUGCGGCGGCUGGAUACAGUGUCUGUCUGAAGCCGAGGCUGCUCAACCGCUCUAAACGUCAAGCUUCAACUCAGCAGAUGUCAACAUGCUCAUGCGCGCACGCCGUCCCGGCCAACUGCCACAACCGACUGGCCAGCACCACCCACCCGGCCAACAUCACCAUGCAGCUCUACAACGUUUGCUACCACUCGGCCCUCCAAGCCCCAGUUGCUGCUCUUGCCGUCAACUCGAAGAAGAACGUCAUCGUGACGGUCGAGCCGUUCUGGGAGGAGCCCUACUGGAAGGAUUUGGACCUGGAGAAUUUGACCUUGACGUACUCCUAUGUUGUCAAGCUCCCCGACCACUGCGACGGUGACGUCAUGACGAAGGAGGACACUUCCGGCGUGCCCACCCACAUCUGCACGGCCCAGCUGCGCAUCGGCAUGAGCACCGAGGACAAGGCCGGCGAGGACGAGUACGAACACUCUGAGAACUACCAGUACGAUGAUGAUCUCCCGCCGGAGGUCGACUUUGACCGCGACGUCUUCGCCGGCGCCACGCACGUCAACUUCACGUACAAAGUGUCGGUGCGCAGGCCGCGUCAGCUGCGAGUUCGGCCCGGCUCAACCGACCCGUUCGAGGACAUCGUGACGGUGGUCGAGUCGGAGACGCUCGUGCACGACAUGAAGCCAGAGAUCUUUGGCACUGGGCUCGAGGAUGCUGGUGUUGCUCAGGGAGCUGAGGUCCACAAGGAGCCAAUCAAGGGUGCCGACGUCACCAAGGAGGACAAGGUUGCCGAAGCGUCCGUAGUAGAAGAAAGUGAGGAGACCGUCAGCGAGGAGCAAGGAGAGGCCGAGAACAUCCCCGGAACCGACUUCUUCGCCGAUGAUGCGCAAAAGAAGAAGGAGGAGGACGGGGAGAAAGAACAUGAAGAGGAGGAGAAGGAAGAGAACGAGGUGAAGGAAGACGAGGAGGAGGGUGAUGAAGCCGAUGAGGCAGAAGAGGAGAAACUGGCCGCUGAAGCUGCGAAGGAGAGUGGGGAGAAGAAGGAGGACGAGGAGAAGGAGGAUAAGGACGGAGAUGAGGAAAAGAAGGACGAAGAGGAGGAGAAGAAGGAGGACGAGAAGGAGGGAGAAGAAGCUGAGAAGAAGGAGGGCGAAGAGGAGGUGGUGAAGGAGCUCGAUGGGGUGAAGGAGGACGAGGUCAAAGAGGACGAAGAAGGAAACGAGGAUGGAAGCGGAAGCGGAAGUGAGGAGGAGGAUGAUGAGGACGAGGAGGAGGAGGGCAAGCCCUGGCAUUCGCACAUCCGCGACUUCUUCUCUACGGAAAGCCGAUGGCACCUGGCACGAUGGGUGUUCGCCGUCACCGUCGCCGGCAGCAUCAUCUUCAUCUGCGUUGUGUGCGGCGCGCGGCGAUGGCUCGUCAGGAAGAAGCACCACCAAAAGACGGCCAACGGCGUGCGGUACGAGGCCGCCUCGCAGUCGACGUCGCAUCAGCUGCCGGCUGCCGAACAGCCCCUGCUAGACGAUGCCGCGAAGAAGGUGGAUAUCGAGACGAGCAUGGAUGAGAUUGCUUACAGAUACAACUCGGCCACCCUCUCCCUGAAGAACAUCGCCGCCAGCGACAUCGACAUCUGCGCACUGGUUGGAAAGGGGCGCUUCGGGUCGAUACACCGUGGAAUGUGGCAUACGGAGACCGGAGGGACACAGGAUGUUACAGUUUAUUGGCUACAAGAAAUUGCCACCGGCGUCGAAACGCUUUGCCGAAGAAAAAUUUUCCACCCGACCCUCUGCACGGCCAAUAUCCUUGUCGGCGAUCGCGGACACAUACGAAUCAGUGGCCUCGGCCUUUGUGAGCACCGGGCCUUAACCGCCCGCAAAGACGAGAAGACCCCGAAAACGAUGCGCUGGCGAUCGCCACGGCUACUCCAAGCAGUUCGGGAUACACGGCUCGAAGAAGCCGACCUCGUCUGGUCUCUUGGGGUCGUGCUCUGGGAGAUUUCGUCGCUAGGUGGUACGCCCUACGCGAGAAUACGGGAUGACGCCGAGUUGAUGCUGCGGAUACCUAAAGAAACCGCGCGUAUCGACCACCCGAAUUAUUUAGGGCCGGCUAUGAAAUCUCUAAUCGACGAAUGUCUUACCGUCGACCCAGUGAAGCGAAUAGACCUGGAAACUGCGGUCAAGCGAAUCGAGUGCCUCGCCGUUGACGCCCAGAAACACCUACUACUGUUCCUCCCCUUCGAUGAAGCCGCCGACGAGCCGGCCCGCGCCUCUACCUCCACCUUCAUCUACGCCCCGAUCCUGCCACAACUCGAA